AGGACAGUGAGUUCGCAUAUAUGGUGUGUCGCGUAGCCGGCAAAACUUACCAUGUUCUCUUCGCCCUGCCGAUGUUGACGCGUGCACGCUUCGUGCGCCAAUUUCGAGCAAUCACAGCCUCACAACCUCCGUGGACACGGCACAAUCCGGCUUCGAUUACACGACGCCGUGAAUAAUUAGGCGUCAGGGUAUUAUGUCUGUCCAAGUAAAGGCCUAUUGAGGGCGAGGACGUUCAGGUCGCUACAAGGUUGCGCAAUAAUCGUGCUGGGUGAAGACCCCCUCCUAGAGAAUGAACCACAGCUUUUCCUGCCACGAUAUCACAUUUUCAAGCCCCUGAAUACACGUGUGCCUCUUCUAUGCUGCUCUGCAUCGCUACUCGCAGACUACUGUCCGUUUCCUACUCGUCCUUCAAAACUUGGCACACCUCUCUCCUGCGUACCUACUCUGCAGCCGCCAUGUCAACGUCAACCAGACAUCCAAUGAGCCCACAUCAACCGUUUCAUUGGAUCCUUGACUGGGACGGAACCAUCACCAGGCACGACACCCUUGAUACUCUCGUCAACAUCUCCGCAUCCGCAAAACCCGAUUUCCCAACCGAAGAUGCCUGGAGGCGCGUCACAAAAGCCUACAUGGACGACUACACGGCUACACUCAAACAGCUUAAACCCGAUGGCGUGCUCCCCAAGACAGUCGAAGAUGAAAGAGAGCUGCUGAAGAACCUGAAAGCCGUGGAGCAACGAAGCCUGGAUCGCGUCUCCUCAUCCGGCAUCUUCGCAGGCCUAACAGCUACACAGAUCGCUGCAGGCACCCAAAAGGCCAUUUCCUCUCAGCAAGUCGACUUCCGUCCAGGCUUUGCAAAUUUCACGCAAGAUGCCCAGGCCCAACAGGUUGGCUCAAUAGGGCACACAAGAAGCCUGAUCAAUGUGCUAAGUGUAAACUGGAGUCAGCACUUCAUCUCAUCCUGUCUUCGCGCCUCCAAUGUCUCCAUACAGUCCCCCGCCAUCCUUUCAAAUGAAAUCGGAGAUAUUCAACACGGACGAGCUUCAGAUGGCCAUAUCGGCCCCGCGAACGGCACAAUGGUCAUUUCUAGCGACGACAAGCUGCGAUGCCUCGAACGAUUGAGGCAAGAAAACGCAGUGGCUGGUGACUCCCUACCAAUAGUCUACGUGGGAGAUAGCUGGCCGGAUCUUGAGUGCUUACUUGCGGCCGAUUUAGGCAUUUGUGUGAGAGAUGAGCCGAUGGGGAGUAGUCAGAGGAAACUAGCCGACUCGUUGGAGCGGCUAGGGGUUACAUGUCCGCGAUUGAGAGAUUGGCGCGAAGCUGAUGAGUGGAAGGUUGUUUGGGCGAGGGAUUUUACGGAGAUUAGAGAUUGGGUUGCGCGGCUUAGGUGCUUGGAACAAUAACGGAAUGAAUUGAAUUCGUCAACACUCCGUUGUAUGAUCAAGUGGUGGUUACAGAGCAAACAGAACUCACGGAAACAGAAAUUUGGAUCUAGGUGGAUAUGCAGUAGACGACAAUCCAUGGCUAUCUUUCAAGACUCUGGGAGGUGACAAGGAGAUAGACUGAGAGAAGCGCCAAUUGAAGAAGAUUGAUGUUAUUCAGUUCCAUGUUGGUGCAACUAUCUCGCGGA